UCCUGGGCAGAAACGCUGGGAGGAGCAGCCAAGCCUCAGGUCCGAAGUAACCUGGGACUCUCGUAAUUUUCGCAGGAAUAAUUUGAACAUCUUCCUUUCUGUCUCCUACCCUGAGGAUUCCCAGACCGCGCCUCCCGCCAUGCCGCUGUCAGUCGGGCCGGAGUGGAAGAAGUCGACCAAGCUCAUCACAGACUUCUCCAACAUCACGCAGGACGACCCGGACAUGCACCUGGAGCCGGCGGAGCUUGACCUGGGCAAGAAGAUCAAAGCCCCCAAGGAGGUGAUGCUGGAGGAGCUUUCGCUGCUGAACAACAAGGGCUCCAGGAUGUUCAAGAUGAGGCAGCAGCGGGUGGAGAGGUUCGUCUUCGAGAACAACCCUGACCUGCAGAACCAGGGUUCCAUGAACCUGAUAUCCUCUCUGGUGGGAGAAAUCGCCGCCGACCUUCAUCAGAGCGGCGUGAAGAUGGAGGUGGAGCUUCCUGAGGCUGAGGCUGGCCGUGAUGCAGCAGGUGAAGAGCCGGGCGAUAGCACCCCGCAGGAGAAGAGGCGUGAGUGUGUGAAGACGUACCUGUCGCCAUGGGAACGGGCCAUGAAGGGGGACGAGGAGCUGCUGGCCACGAUGCGGGUGGAGAUGCCUGGGCCGCACCUGCACCACGACCCGCCCACUUUCAAAAGCUUCAACAGGACCGCCCUGCCUUACGGAGGUCUGGAAAAUGCCCCUCCUGUACUCCUCCAACCACCUGAAGUCCCGCUGGCCUCAGAGGAGCCUGAGCUGCUGACCCCGGUGCGAGAUGUGAGCCUACGGCCCUCAUUUAACCGCACACCCAUGGGAUGGGUGUUCCGAGGGGAGCCCAGCCGCAUCCACGUGGAAAUGGAUGCCGGGCCCUUCGAUGUGGAGACCGAGGACCUCUGAGGGCCCCCGAAGGCCCCUUGCUGGCAGAGCCCGGCGCAUCUCCCACCUGAUCUUAACGCGCAUGCAGUCUGGGGACCCCUGGCUGAGCGAUCCAAUGAUGAGUGUUUAAUUUCGCACCAAUAAAACAUUUUAUUUAAUGAA